AUGAUGGCUAAGAUCCAACAAUUGACGAGAAGUCUUGUAGUGAAAAUAGUUCUCCUUUAUUAUUUAACAAUAAAUAAUCAUGGUAGUGUCUGCCCUACUGUGACAUGCAAUUUCGAAAUAGAUGAAUGCAAUUGGAAGUUGAAUUCAACAUGGAAAAUGUAUCCAUCUGGUAGUACGCCAGAUACCGCGAGUUCUGGUCCAACUAUGGAUCAUACAACUGGAAAUGGAAAUUAUGCUCGUUUUAUGGCUCGUGUCCUCUCUGAAUCUGAUCGAUUCGGUGUCAUGAAUACAAGUACUUCUCUUUCACAACCAGCUGCAUUCUCAUUUUGGUACUUCAUGCAUGGUAAUCAAAUAGGAACACUAGGAUUAAUGGUCAAUGAUCAAACAUUAUGGGAAAAGACUAGUCGACAAGGUCUUCCAGUAUGGCAUCAAGCCAAUGUCACUUUACCUAUGGGCGCUGAUAUAAAUAUUAAAUUUGUUGCAAAUCGAACUGGCUCUGGUCGAUCAUCUGAUAUUGCAAUCGAUGAUAUUGUAUUACAAGGAGAAGCAAUAUCUAUCAGCACACGUACACCUCGGCCAAUCUCAACGACAACGCCUCGAACUCGAUACAAUGCAAGUUGUGAUUUUGAUGUCAAUAAAGAGUUAUGUGGAUGGAAAAGUGAUACAAACUAUGGUUGGAAAGUUAUUCGCCAGAGAGAAGUAAAUAGCUCUAUUGGGCCAUCAAGCGACUACAGUAGUAUUAUGAGAUCGAAUGUUGAUAAUAAGCUAUGUCAAAUUCCGUACGACGAGAAGGGUCCUCAAUAUUAUUGUAUAAUAAACCUCAAGCGUAAUCGAUGUAAAGGAAGUGAUAAUAAAUGGAUAGAUUGCCGUGAUGGAGGUUUUGUUCAAAUUCAAAGUGGUGAAUUCGAUCAGGCUGGCGAACGUUCACAGUUCGAUUCGCCAAUACUUGAUGCAUUAUCGGAUGAGGGUUGUGUUCAAUUCCAUUAUAAUAUAGCCGGUAGCGAUAAUGAUGAGUUAAAUGUCUAUGUGGAAGAUUAUUGGAGUGGUCGAAAAUCAUGUAUGUGGCAUAAAAAUGGACCAACUGUACCAAACCGAUGGAUACCAGCUGAAGCACCAUUAAAGUUAAAGAAAGAUGAAAAAUAUAAAAUUGUAUUUGAAGCGCGAAAAGGAACCACUGGUGGAACAGGUCUAGUUUCGCUUGAUCAUAUUAUUGUGUCAUCGAAAGCAUGUUCUGGUACAUAUCCAGUUGAAGANGAUGAAAAAUAUAAAAUUGUAUUUGAAGCGCGAAAAGGAACCACUGGUGGAACAGGUCUAGUUUCGCUUGAUCAUAUUAUUGUGUCAUCGAAAGCAUGUUCUGGUACAUAUCCAGUUGAAGAAUGUCCUUUUGAAGAAGUGACAACAAGUACAGCUAACAUCAUGAUAACAUCGGACAAUCCCGAGAUGAUUACAACUGAAAUGGAUACUACAGUUGAUACAAGUACCAGUACAAUUUUCAUCGAAACUACUGUCACCACUAGUACUAGUAUUGCUACUACAACUACGACUACAACGAGUACUACUAGCACUACUUCUACAACUACCACUAGCACUACUACUAGUACUACUACUACUACCACUAGCACUACCUCUACUACUACUACUACUGCUACUACUACUACCACUAGCACUACCUCUACUACUACUACUACAUCGAUUAAUAUUACCGCUUUUCAAAGUACAAUUGCAACAACAAAAGUAGACGCAUCAACUACUCCAACACUCACGUCCGAAAAUUCAGACAUGAUUUCGUUUUCAUUAUCAACUAGUGAUUUAGUAACAUCUGAAAUGUUCUCUACAACUACAACAUCUUCAACUUACGUUUCUACAUUCGCUACAAACAAUAAUACCGACAUAGAAGGCCAAGAGUCAACAACAUCACCAGUAUCACCAAAGAAGUCAUUAUUUCUACCUAUUUUUUUAGGUUUAUUAGCUGUUGUUCUCAUUAUUUUGAUUGUGACUGGAUACAUAAAACGCGAUGCGUUAUGUGAGCGUGUCGCACGACGAUCAAACACAUCUGAAACCACUGCUACUGUAUAUUUAGAUCUUAGUGAACCGGAUGGUUACGUUCGAUUUGAUAAUAAUAGAGACCGAUCCUCUUCAGCCUAG